AAAAGAAUACAUUUCAACCAGAAAAUAAGAAUAGAAUCAGGCUCUGGCACCCAUAUAAACCAAACCUGUCUCCAACUGUAAAAUAACAUUUUUGAUGAACCUUGAACUUACUGGGUACCAAUGUAUUUAUUAUUCACCUGAAAACACUGCCAAGGCAAGAGAAGUUCUCAGUAACAUCAAUCAAUUACAGCCUCUCAUUUCAACUCAUGCAGACAUGCUACUUAAUUCAGCCAGACAACAGUUGCCAGAAAGCUUGAAGAAUUCCUUAAAGAUGCUUUCAGAAACUACAGAGUUAUUUGUGCAUGCCUUUAAGGAUCAGCUUAUCAGAAGUGCCCUUUUAGCUUUAUACACAGCCCGUCCUGGUUGUGUCUUAAAAAAACCAACUUUGCCAAGGAAUAGCGCUGAAGAGAAUAGUGAACAGGAAAAUCAGGAUCAUCUAUCACAAAUCAAGAGACAGGAUUCCAUACCUCACCACUCAGAAUAUGAUGAGGAAGAGUGGAAUUGUGAAGUGAAAGCUGGCCAUGAGAUUUCAUCUUCUAUUCCAGUAAAAAGCCAGUUAAGCAAGAAAGAUCCAAAUAUUGGUACUAUUCUGUCUCAGAUCCAGGAAAGAAAU